UUAUUAAUAAUUUCUUGAACUUGAACCUAAUGAUCAUGAAUUUGAAUAAUACAAUUAAAUUUGGAGACUGUACCGGGCUUGCGGUUGGCAGUGGUCGGGAACAAUCACGAGAGAGUGCCGCUUUCUAUGUAAACGCUUUUGUUUGUUCACACCUGAGUGACCACCACACACUCUCUGCAGCUCCUUUUACUCCUACCUGUUUCGCGGUGUCACUUCUCGGAAGGUCCGUUUGACAGAAUACAGAAUACCGAUCGACCUCCCGGAGCAAUCAUUCUUUCUCUUGCACACACGGCUCUGCAGGGGCAGCCCUUCUAUUUUUCUAGCUACGCCUAAGAACAAACAUGUCUACUAUUUGUCUCUCAGGAUCCACCAUCUGAGGAAUGGCUGAAUCUGGUGGAUUACUGCUGCGUUAAAGGUUAAAUAUGUAGCCUUUCUUUGGAUUUUCAGUUUCUGUGGCCACGAAAGCAGGGAGGCUUAAAGUCAAAAUCUUUAACAAGAAUGCAGCAUGCCUGAAACUGCAGUCAAAAUCAACGUGCUACACUUUGAGGCUCUUUACUCAUCACCAAAUAAUGCAAACGUAGAAAUUCUUCUCAACGAAGAAAAAUAAGGCUGCAAAUAUAGGACAUCUUUCCAAAUCAACUAAUAGGAAAGCAAUGCCACUCAAAUAAGAUUUCAUUAGUAAGAGUGAUAUAACUAACCUUCACUCUGAUUCUGAUCAUGUAUACAGUUCAGAGAAAUCAAGGAAUGUCUGGGAAUAAUGUCAAAGUUAAGAAUGAAGCAAAAAAAGUAAAAAAGUAAAAAAUCCUUCUCUAAAAAAUAGGUGUGUCGCGAAAAUUUCGAAAGCAUUGUUGUUGCUUUUGCAUAUUGACAAUUUUAAAUUAUGUGUAGUGGCAAAGUAUAAUGAGCAAUAUUAGUGAUGAUUAAUGCCAAUAUUUGAUGAAUGACGCAAUUAAUUGUCGUAAUUCAUGAAUUCCUUCCUAUAGAUAUCGCGGAGUAUAGGAAUUUCUCGAUGUAGUAAUAUCAUCGUAUGGAGAUUGUGAAUAGUCCCAUGAUUUAAAAAGACUGAAUAAUUUAUAGGCCUAGAUUAGAGGAAUCUAACUUUCUGUUUGUUUCAGUAGAGGAAAAGUGUGUUUCAACAGUGGGUUUAUACUAUCUAUUAUAUCUAUGCCAUAUGUAUAUUGGGGAUUUUAAAAGAAAAGUCAGUUUUGUGGGAGAAGUGAUCAUGGACAGUACAACAGAAAAAUGUAUUAAAGGAAAAAUGUCACCUAAAAAAAUCGGAAUUUUGAUUUGUUUCCUGAUCAUUAAAGUAUUUAUCGUCUCUAACGCACAGUGUUCUCAGUCUAAAUUGAACGAGUUAGCCUUGAACAAUUUUCGGGAAUACCUUCGGAUCCCUUCAGUUCAUCCAAAUGUUAAUUACGAUAAAUGUGUGAUUUUCCUGAAAAAUCAGGCCCAAUCCUUAAAUCUUCCAAUCAGCAUUUACGAAGUUCGUCCCAAAAAACCAGUAGUAGUUAUUACUUGGGAAGGAACGGAACCGGAAAAACCUUCUAUUUUAUUAAAUGCUCACAUGGACGUUGUGCCGGUCUUUCCGAAUCAAUGGAAAUAUCCACCCUUCGCAGCCCAUAUGGACGAAGAAGGAAAUAUUUAUGCCCGAGGAAGUCAAGAUACCAAAAGUGUCAGCAUUCAAUACAUAGAAGCAAUUCGUCGAUUAAAAUUAAAUGGAACUCGAUUAAAGAGGACAAUUCACAUCUCAUUCGUACCAGAUGAAGAAAUUGGUGGAAAAGAUGGAAUGGGAGCAUUCGUAGCAACUCAAGAUUUCGAAAAAUUAAAUAUUGGUUUUGCACUAGACGAAGGUCGUGCUACUCCGGAUGAUAAAUUUUUAGUAACUUAUGGAGAAAGAACAGUUUUUCAAUUGUGGGUGAAUUGUACCGGCAAACCUGGUCAUGGUUCAACAUUGUUUGACAAUACUGCUGGUGAAAAAUUACGAGUUGUCAUCGAUAGAUUCAUGGAUUUCAGAGCUUCAGAAAAGGCGAAAUUAAGAGAUCCAAAAGUACAGCCUGGAGAAGUUACUUCAGUAAAUUUGGAUAUGAUUCAAGGUGGUGUUCAAGUGAAUGUGAUACCAAACGAACUUUCUGUUGCUUUUGACAUUCGAUUUGCGCCUGGUGUUAAUCACACAAAAUUCGAAAAUAUGAUUAAAGGAUGGUUAAAAGAAGCUGGAGAGGGUAUCAGUUAUACUAUUAUACAACAACAACCGCCUGUAGAAAAUACAAAAUUGGAUGAAAGCAAUAUUUUCUGGCAUGCUUUUGAAAAGACUUGUGAUGAUAAUGGCUUUAAAUUAGAUAUUCAGAUUCGGACAGGCGCUUCAGAUGCACGCUACCUAAGAAAACUUGGAAUCCCAGCCCUUGGAUUUUCACCAAUGAAUAAUACACCGACACUUCUUCAUGAUAAUAAUGAAUAUCUGAAUAGGGAUAUUUUUCUCAACGGAAUUUACGUAUUCAUGAAAAUUAUACCAGCUGUAGCGAAUGCUUUAUAAAGGAUCAGUGAUUUCUUAAUGCUACAAAUUCCUAGGAAUUUAAUUAAUAUUUUUAAUUUACAAAACUUCGAAAACUUAUAUAUCACAAAAUAUUUCUCAACAUCUCAUCAACACCGAGCAAUUAAGUUAAUAAAUAAUACUAAAAACGUAAUUAAUCAUUUCUUGAACUUUGCCACAGUAAUCAUGAAUUUUAAUAAUAAUUUAAAAAUGGCAUGUUAUCUUCAUUACAUGAAACUGCAGAGCAUAUUUAUCAUGUUGAAAUUUUAAAUGAAAUAUAAAGGAAUAUUUUUCAUG